AAGUUGUAUCAUCAUUAUUAAUAGCAUCAUCUUAUACAACUUGAAAGCAUAGAUAAAAAAAAAAUAAAAUCAAAAUCGUAUAUUAUUCACAUAAUUAUGUUUUAUAUUUUUUAUUACUCCGGAAGCUUGAUAUGACGUUUCGAUGGUAGAUAGAUUAAACAAUAUUUUUAAUGUAAUAUAGUUGAAAAAAGAAUAAAAUCAUUUGUAAUGAACAAUUCAUUUUUAGUUCUCGAAAGCAUCAUUUGUCCGUUCCAGCAUUAUAAAUUGUAACGAGUGUUAAAAAAAUAUUUGCUAUGGCAUUAUUACAAACAAGUGUUAUUUUUGUUCUUAUAAGUGUGUUGGUCAUGCAUUGUAACAGCCAUCCAAUGAAAAGAUCAAUUGAAAAUAAAGAUGAUACAGUAAGCAGCACUAUUGAUCCAAACGGUACAGAUAAGUCAGUUAGCUCAGAUUCUUCAGAAAGUACUUCAAGUAAUUCUAGCAGUUCAGAUGAUUCUGAUAGCUCGGAUGGUUCCGAUAACUCUGAUGAUUCUAACAGCUCAGAAGCUUCUCAUUUUCUUGAUAGUUCUGUAUAUUUUGAAACUACUACAGACGCAUCAAAUGAUGAAGAUGAUGCAAAGGAAAAUGAGGCUGAAACGACAAAUGAACCGAUUAAUUGAUAAAAAUAUAAUUUUUAAUAUCAAUGUUUAAUCGCUGUAACUAA